UACCUUCUAUAGCUCAUGAAGUUUCUGUAGAAGCUGAAUAUUUUUACGGUGUAUUGCCCGUGUUGCCGUUGGUUGUUUCAACUUACCAUUGUAAACCACUACGAACCCGCCAUCUAAUUCAAACGUCAGUUAAAAUCAAUUUUUUGUCCGGUUUACUGUCUCUGCUUGUUUUCAAAUUUGUUUGUCUUGUAAAAAACAAUUAACUGUGUGAUCGACAAAAAUGCCGCCGUCGAAACGAAAGUUGGAUAAGGAUAAGGAUGUCAGCUCUGACGAAACUGACAAUGUUCCUGCAAAAAGAGUUCGCAAAACAAACACAGCGACGAAACCAACCACCAAAUCAGCGAGAGUGUUGCGGCCUAAACGAAAGCCGGCUGAAGACAGAGCUAGCAGUUCGGAUGAAAAUGAUGAGGUUGCUACAAAGAAGGUUCGCAAAACGAAAGCCGAAUCGAAAACCACUACUAAGUCGAGUAAAUUGAAAGCAACGGAUUCUACUGAAACAUCGCAAACGAAGGUCCAACCUUCCGACAGAGAUGUUCCAGUUGAGAAACCCUUAUUACCAACGUGGAACGAAGCUGACCUACUGUCGGAAACGUACAACACAUCCCCACACACGAUGAAUAACAUUGUACAACUGUUCCGGGAAGACAAUACGAUACCGUUCAUAUGUCGGUAUCGCAAGGAAUUGAUUGGAAACAUUACACCGGACAUAAUGAGAGACAUUAAGGCCACUUACAAUCAACUGUUGAAGCUGAAAGUUAAGCAGGAAAGUGUGAUCACUAAAUUGGAAAAAGCGAAUACACUGAGCGAUGAACUGCAUCGAAACAUAUUGGCUGUUAAGUCUUCCGAUGAAUUGGAUCAUCUGUAUGAACCAUUCAAAACAGCAAGCAAGACGUCCCUAUCCGAAAAGGCUAAAUCCAAAGGUCUACUCGAUCCGGCUGAACAGAUUUUGUACGGACGAGGCGUUGUGAAGUUAAGUGAUUUUGUGAAUGCUGCCAACGGAUUGGAUGAUGUGCAAUCCGUUCGUGAAGGCCUCAAGAACAUCAUAUUGACUAUCAUCAACAAGGAUGUGGACGUGCUGGAGGAGAUUAGACGAUUACUCAAAGUGAACACGAUUCGCAUAAAUUCAACACAAAUAAAGCAGUCAAAGUCGUCCAAAAAUGAUGGCAAAAAAUCCUCUCAAAAUGCCGAUCAAAACGAUGGUAAAUUUGAGACUUAUUACGAUUUCCACACAACCACUCAAAUGAUAAAGCCCCAUCAAACACUUGCUAUCAAUCGUGGAGAGAGUCAGAAGAUCUUGAAAGUGACCGUAGAUAUACCGGAUCGCUGUAAAACCGCCCUCUACAAUUUUCUGUACAAAAAGUAUAACAAAGACGUUUCAUAUUCAGAUCGUGAACAAGUGCUGAGUCAGUCGUUCAACGAAUACAUUUCGAAAAAACUACAACCGUUGAUUACUCGUCGUGUUCGAAAAGAGUUAACCAAGUCAGCGGAAAAAGCUUCAAUUGAUGUAUUUGCCACCAAUUUGAAGCAAUUACUGCUUACCGGGCCGCUGAAAGGUCAACGAAUUCUUGGAAUCGAUCCCGGUUUUACAAAUGGCUGUAAAAUUGCGCUGAUAUCCGAGUGUAAUGAGGUGUUAGAUACGGAUGUCAUUUAUCCACAUACCAAAACCAAUCAAAGCUUAAAUUACGGUCACAUGUUAGCGAUCAUGAUGCGUAAGCACGGCUGCACGACUAUUGCUCUUGGCAACGGCACCGCAUGUCGUGAAACGGAAAAAUGGAUAUCCGAUCUCUUCGAUAAGGGAAUUCUCGAUUCGAAACGCAUUCGAUACAGUAUCAUCAAUGAACAAGGCACUUCAAUAUACUCCUGCAGCGAUCUGGCGAAAAAAGAAUUUCCGGAUUUGGAUGUCAAUGUCAUCAGUGCCGUUUCAGUUGCUAGACGAUUGGCCGAUCCUCUCAGUGAAUUGGUCAAAGUUGAAGCAAAACAUCUAGGUGUGGGUAUGUACCAGCAUGAUAUCAAUGAACGCCAUCUAAGCGAGUCUUUAGACGAGGUCGUAACAGAAUGUGUUAGUUUCGUUGGAGUGAAUGUUAACACGUCGAGUGUGACCUUACUGAGACAUGUCGCAGGCCUAACAGAAUCUCGAGCAGAAAACAUCUUCAAACAUCGUAUGGAGAAUGGACCAUUCAAAUCUCGAGAAGAAUUGAAAAAGGUGAAGUUAAUUGGCAGCAAAACAUUCGAGCAGUGUGCUGGUUUUCUUCGAAUUGAACCGACUACGGAAGACGACGUCGUAGACUUGCUGGACUCAACGUGGAUUCAUCCAGAAAGUUACAUUCUUGCUGAGCGAAUUAUGUGCAAAUGUGGUGUGAAGAAAGAGGACAUUGGAACGGGUCCAUUUAUUGCCAAGAUCAAGGAAUUCAUGCAAAAGAAUUCCAGCGAACAAUUGGCAAAGGAGUUCAAGAAGCCGAAAGAAAGAAUUGAGGGCGUGAUAGAAGCGCUGGAACGAGAACGAUUCCGUGAUUACAGAGAAGAUUUUCGUAAGGAACCACUGUUCAAACAAGGUCUAACCAAACUCUCCGAUCUGGCCGUCAACGCGACCGUAAGUGGUGCUGUAACAAAUGUCACUCAUUUCGGUUGUUUCGUUGACAUUGGCGUUGGGAGAGAUGCAUUGAUACAUUCCAGUCAAUUGCAGCGUAUGGCGCCUCGUAUAGGGGACAGAGUCGAAUGUAUCGUGUUGAAAGUGGAUGCAGAUAGAGGUCGUAUCAAUUUGAAAUUAACACAAGUUUUGUGAUCCAUGAGUUUAAUGUGUGAUCGAUCAUCAUUUGAAUUAAAUGAUAUGAAGAAACUGCA